AUGUCGGCUGCACCCGGCCUCCUGCACCAGGAGCUGUCCUGUCCGCUGUGCCUGCAGCUGUUCAACGAGCCUGUGACAGCCGAGUGCGGCCACAGCUUCUGCCGCGCCUGCCUGGGCCGCGUGGCAGGGGAGCCGGCGGCGGACGGCACGGUGCUCUGCCCGAGCUGCCAGGCACCCACGAGGCCGCAGGCGCUCAGCACCAACCUGCAGCUGGCGCGUCUGGUGGAGGGGCUGGCGCAGGUGCCGCAGGGCCACUGCGAGGAGCACCUAGACCCGCUGAGCAUCUACUGCGAGCAGGACCGCGUGCUCGUGUGCGGCGUGUGCGCCUCGCUCGGUUCGCACCGCGGCCACCGCCUGCUGCCCGCCGCCGAAGCCCAUGCGCGCCUCAAGACGCAGCUCCCACAGCAGAAGCUGCAGCUGCAGGAGGCGUGUAUGCGGAAGGAGAAGAGUGUGGCCGUGCUGGAGCAUCAGCUGGUGGAGGUGGAGGAGACAGUGCGUCAGUUCCGGGGGGCCGUGGGAGAGCAGCUGGGCAAGAUGAGGUUGUUCCUGGCUGCACUGGAGGGCUCCUUGGACCGUGAAGCUGAACGUGUACGGGGUGAGGCAGGGGUAGCCUUGCGGCGGGAGCUGGGGAGCCUGAACUCUUACCUGGAGCAGCUGCGGCAGAUGGAGAAGGUGCUGGAGGAGGUGGCAGACAAGCCACAGACUGAGUUCCUCAUGAAAUACUGCCUGGUGACCAGCAGGCUGCAGAAGAUCCUGGCAGAGUCACCACCACCUGCCCGUCUGGACAUCCAGCUGCCCGUCAUCUCGGAUAACUUCAAAUUCCAGGUGUGGAGGAAGAUGUUCCGAGCUCUGAUGCCAGCGCUGCAGGAGCUGACCUUUGACCCGAGCACGGCCCACCCAAGCCUGGUGCUGUGCGCCUCGGGCCGCCGCGUGGAGUGCUCGGAGCAGAAAGCGCCGCCUGCCGGAGAGGACCCGCGCCAGUUCGACAAGGCCGUGGCGGUAGUGGCGCACCAGCUGCUCUCCGAGGGCGAGCACUACUGGGAGGUGGAGGUGGGCGACAAGCCGCGCUGGGCGCUGGGCGUGAUCGCGGCCCAGGCCGGUCGCCGCGGCCGGCUGCAGGCGGUGCCCUCGCAGGGGCUCUGGCUGCUCGGGCUGCGCGAAGGCAAGACCCUGGAGGCUCACGUCGAGGCUAAGGAGCCCCGCGCCCUGCGCACCCCGGAGAGGCGGCCGACGCGCAUCGGGAUCUACCUGAGCUUCUGCGAUGGCGUCCUCUCCUUCUACGACGCCAGCGACCCCGACGCGCUCGAGCUGCUCUUCGCCUUCCACGAGCGCCUGCCCGGGCCUGUGUACCCCUUCUUCGACGUGUGCUGGCACGACAAGGGCAAGAACACUCAGCCGCUGCUGCUCGUGGGGCCCGACGGCGGCGGCGAGGCCUGAGCCGCCCGCCGGCUUUGGGGAGGGGUGCGGGGCCCUGCCGGCCUGGAAGGAGAGACGGGUCGGGUUGCCGGGCUUGAAGGCAGGGUGGAGGGGGCUGGGGACCGGGGACUCCAAGCGUUCUGAGAACUUUGGGGUUGGCAUGAACAGGGGACUGCCAGCCAGGGGUUGGGGUGGUGGUGGGAAAGGGAGAUCUGAAUUCAGGUCAGUGGGGGGACUUCCACUCGGGGAACCAGGAAAGCCCAAGGGUUCUGGGAAGAAACAGACUGAGGAAGGGUCAGGGGGCUUGGGGAGAAUUGCGGGGAGGAGCUGGAGAACUCUGUAGAGCAGCGGUCCCCAACCUUUUUGGCACCAGGGACCGGUUUCGUGGAAGACAAUUUUUCCACGGAUGGGGGGCGGGGGCGGGGGUUUGGGGGACGGUUCAGGCGGUAAUGCCAGCGAUGGGGAGCGAUAAGGAGCGCAGAUGAAGCUGCAGCUGGCUUGCCCGCAGCUCACCUCCCGCUGUGCGGCCCCGGUUCCUAACAGGCCACAGACUGCCACCGGUCCGUGGCCCUGGGGGUUGGGGAGCCCUGCUGUAGAGUAAGGAGCCCCUGCAGCCUUACACUCCGCUCCCCCUUGGGGGCCUCCGCUGCCAGGGUCCAGACUCACUGCAGCAAGAGGCCUUCCACUUGGUGAUUCCCCAGCUGGAGCAUGCAUCAAUAUCACCUUUUCAAAGCACCUCACGGUUCUGGUUCAGCACGCCAGGGCAGGUCAAAAAUGUGCCUUUCUAACAAGUCCGCAGGGGACGCUGAUGCUACAGGUCACAAGCAGGAUCACACCUGAAGCGUUGCGGACUUAGCUAUCCUUCUGUUCCGUCAGCUCUCUGUUAUAGAGAGUCAGUUAUCACAUAGCUAUCAGCUAUGAGGCAUAGAAAACCCAAAACAUAUUCCUCCAUGCAACAGCUGUUUAAAAACUGCCAGAGCGCUUCCCUGGUGGCACAGUGGUUAAGAAUCCACCUGCCAAUGCAGGGGACAAGGGUUCGAGCCCUGGUCCGGGAAGAUCCCACAUGCCGCGGAGCAACUAAGCCCGUGCGCCACAACUACUGAGCCUGCGCUCUAAAGCCCGCGAGCCACAACUACUGAAGCCCGCGGGCCUAG